AUGUCUCAACUACCCUUGCAAAUCCGCAAAGACAUCCGCGAUCUAUUCGACGAGGCCGACAGCGCUGUGCAAAACUCGUUUGUGAGACUUGCCAAGAUCACAGGCUAUCAGGUCUCAUGCACGCCAGAAUGGCACAUGCUGUGGGCUGAGUUGCGGCCGACCUGGCGCGAGAUGACGACUUUCGUCCCGACAAUUGCUAAACUCAUCGAGGUGUGGUGCCAUACUCUAGGCAAGAGAUUGGAGGAUGCGCGGUUCGAGGCUUGGACCGAAGAACUACUUGAAAAGCUGAAGAAUGUUUAUGUUGUGAAGGUAUCUAUUCAAGUCACUGCCGACGAAUCGAGAGUCCGGACAGCCUGGUUGGAGCCACACUCGUACUCAUUCACCAUCUCGCUACCCCAAAACACCCAGUUGCAGCAGACGAUGGUACAGACUGCUUCAUCAGCUUUCUCCGAGGACUUUGAAUCCAUGUUUGAACAGACAAACCACGGUCCCACCAAACCCUUGUCCACCUCCCGGCAGCAGGAAGUCAAUGGACAACAAAACCCGACCCGUGAAGACGAAGAAGAGUGGGCUGAACUGGAAUCUGUCGCCGAUACCACCAAAAGCACUGGUGUCAGCAUCAUUGCAGCGCCAAAGGGUGUGCCGCAUCAUUCAGCUCGGCUGGAGCCGGACGCCGAUGUCUUUCCCGCGCUCGAGGCACUGCCCAGACCAGAGAUUCUCUUCCGCACCACGACCCCUUAUGUGAUGCUGGUGUCGUCGAAUGGACCCAACAAGAUCACGGUAAGCGGCACGCAUGAACCCAGUCUGCAGCUUCUGGCGGAAUACCUGCGGCGAUGGAUCAAGACUGAUCCUCGAAAUAUUCUCAAGAAACCCUCCCUGUGUAUUACUUUGAACGAGUCCAACAUUGGCCUCGGGCUUUUCUAUGACUCGUUGACCAUCGAGCCUUUUGAGGGCAUUCUAAGACCCGCGGUGGUGAAUGUUAGUCUGAUCCUUGCUUUCAUUCAAGGGAUCUUAGGGUAUCAACGUGUCCAUGAAACGUCUGGCCCUGGACAAUGGGAGUUCAGCCGGGUUACACCAUUCGCAGCCUGA